AGCGGGCUCCUCCUCCAGUAUCCCAUUAUACCUUGUGAUCGUCGGGUGCGUCGGAAUUGAAUUCUUCGGUGUUCGGUGGACGGUAAAAUGGCGGAGAGUGAUUAUGAGUCGGUGCUGUGUGUGAAGCCGGAGGUUCAUGUGUACAGAAUACCACCGAGAGCCACGAACCGAGGCUACAGAGCUGCAGAUUGGAAGUUGGAUCAACCUGACUGGACUGGACGACUCCGGAUAACAGCAAAAGGAAAUACUGCUUACAUUAAGUUAGAAGACAAAAAUUCAGGAGAGCUAUUUGCUCAAUCUCCAGUAGAUCAGUUUCCUGGCAUUGCAGUGGAGAGUGUUAUUGACUCCAGCAGAUACUUCGUAAUUCGCAUCGAGGAUGGAAAUGGGCGACGUGCAUUCAUUGGCAUUGGAUUCGUAGAUCGUGGUGAUGCUUUUGAUUUUAAUGUCAGUCUCCAGGAUCACUUCAAAUGGGUUAAGCAGCAGAAUGAACUUGCCAAACAAGCUCAGAACCCAGACUCUGGACCCAAAUUGGACUUGGGAUUUAAGGAUGGACAGACCAUCAAGCUAAAUAUUGGGAAUGUACGGAAGAAGGAAAACUCAUCGACGAAGCCUCGUUUACCGAGUAGUGGAAUAGGUCUACUUCCACCUCCUCCAGGUGCUAAAACACCAACACUGCUCCCACCACCAGGAUCUCAUAGUGUACAGGAUCCAGUGAUGCCACAGCCUGUGAAGCCAGCUACUCCAGAAUUACUGGGAGACUUUUUUGCUCCAACUCUACCUCCUGCUCAGGCUUCCCAUGCUGCUUCCACUGAUCUCUGGGGAGAUUUUGCGACAGCCCCCAGCACUGCUACAAGCCAAGUGACCCAAAGUGCAAAUUGGGUACAGUUUUGAUAUGGGACAUCUUUGUUUUCUUCUUUGAAACUAAGAACUUGAGAGACCAUGAUUGACAUGCUUUCUGGUAAGAUUUUUGGAAGCGGAAGCUGCUGGGAGUCCAUGGUGUCAGAGCCAGCUGGAUUCUGGACUCUCAUGCUACAGUCUUGGAUCAUUACAUUUCCAUUUACGGUGCAUUUGUACCAGGACGUCUACCCCACCCCUGUAACUGUGGUGUCUCCGAGAGCCCGGACAUCCAUCACCAUCUAUGACUUUGCUUCAUGGUGAUUGGGUUCUGUUUCAUAAAGGUCACUGGGACACAAAUGCGUAUUAAAAUGGAUUAAUCAUGUUUUUGAAUUUUUUGUUUAAGUGUGUGUAAUAAUGGUCUUAACUUGUAAGUGUUCUUUAAGCCCAUCAAACUUUCACACACUGUAUACAGUAGCUUUUCAUUCCAUAUUUGAUCUACCAUUAUAAUAGUUUAUGUUGGGAAUAUGUGGGUAGACUACUAUUUAUACAAAUAAUUUCAACAAAAAUAACUACGCACUAUGGUUCACUGGAAUCCCGUAAAAUUGCAUGCUGCACCAGGAGGUGGGCAUUUGUCCUCCUUUCCUUCAAGGGAUAAUUUAAUGAUUGGGAACAGAUAGAUACGGGUCAUGAUGGAUAGAGAGCUGAACCUUAAAGUACAUUUUCUUUCCAAAAUGUUUGCUUUGGCCAGUGACCUUAAUCUCUGGGCUGACUUGUGAACAAUUUGUCUGUAAAUAAGAGUUUGUCUAUUUCAAUAUUUAUACAGUUU